UACCAUUUCCUUAAGCGUAAAGCAGUAUCCAUCCAAUGAAGGUUAUGAAAGCAGUGAAGAAGCUCAAGUUCUGGUCAAGAAAGAAGAAGAAACACAAGCAAGCUUCAUCAUCCUCUCAGCCACACCAAUGCUAUUGUGAGUACUCCUCCUCCGCAGUGUCAGCUCCUCUUCUUGAGCCAACAGCACCUCCUCUCUCGUUUUGGUUCGAUGAAACUCAGCGUCUUUAUGCUCCAGAGACAUCAUCAGCAUCUCCUUGGAGUACUCCAUUGCCUCAGAAACAAGAAGAAGCCAUCGUCGAGAUAAAACCCUUGUCUCAAGUGUCUGAUCUUCGCAUCAAUCAGUCUUAUCAGCAGUACAUGGUCCCGAAUCCAAGUGUUGGUGUUCCCAUCAUCGUAGAAGCAGCUCCAGCCAAGAGAUCAUCAGUGGGAAUAUUCGGUUGUGUUAUCGAGUUAAGUUCAAAUGUAGUUCGUUGUUUCUUCCCUUGUUUUAGCCGCCAUUAAGAAAACUAUUUACGACAAUAAUUCAAUAUCUUUGACAUGUUA